GAGGCAGCGAUUCAUUCGUGCGCUGAGGAGCUGAGGAGUGCCUCACCGGGAGGGAGGAAACGUGUGUUUAGUUCAUUUUUUUUUUUGCAGGCUUCUUUUGUGUUAAAAAGCCGAACACGCCGGUGGAAUAAGGUUUGAAUAUUGUUUUCGUCGUCACUUAGGGCUGUACUCAACAGCGGCGGGGCGCUACGCAGUUAAACGCCGAGCUCAGGAUUUGUCACCUGUCUGCAGCAGCUGACUUGUUACUCGAAGUGAGUGGUGUCAUUAGUGCCGUUUCCCGAGGAAAACAGGCGGUUGCUAACAAAGUGGUUAGCAGCCCCGGUCCGUUAGCCUGCCAGCUAGCCAGCUCGGAUCCCUGCCGCCACAUCAAGUCCCACCCUCACCAAGUGCGUGGACGUCGCAAGAGGCUGCAGCGGUCGGAGUCGGGCGCUUUCUCUUCUCGAACUUAGCCAGCAUCGCCGAGCCGUUGGCCGGCUAGCUAAUCUACGUUAGCCGUCAAAACGUUAGCUAGGCGACGUCCACUUAACAUUGCUGGCUUUACCGUGGGGCGAGUGUCUUCUGUGGAGGGAUACGUGCGCUGCACUGGCAAAGAGACUGGCUAAAAAGAAGAGACGAAAUAAGAGAAAACAAGGAAGACGGCAAGAAGGAGGGGACUGGCUGGUUUAGCCGGGGGAGACUGAAUCUCGCAUAGACUGCAAACGCCACCACCGCGCCACACGCAGCCAUGAGUAUUGAGAUACCGGUGGGGUUGACAGAACUGCUGCAGGGCUACACUGUGGAGGUGCUGCGACAAAGACCGUCAGACCUGGUGGAUUUUGCGGUACAGUACUUCAGCCGUUUGCGGGACACCAGAAGCCAGGAUGGGGACACUGCUGGUGGCAAGACGGCGAAAGGGGUGAUGUUUGAUGGGGAGCCCAUGCAGACUGAGUCCAACGGAGACGACGACGAUGAUGACGACGACGACGAUUCUGACUUUGAGCCUCCACCACCCAGCAGAUUCAGCAGGAGAGUGUCAGUGUGUGCGGAGGCAUUCAACCCAGACGACGACGAUGAGGACACGGAGCCCAGGGUGGUUCACCCGAAAACAGAUGAACAGCGCUGCAGACUGCAAGAGGCCUGCCGAGACAUCCUUCUGUUUAAAACACUAGAUCAGGAGCAGUUCUCGGAGGUGCUGGACGCCAUGUUUGAGUUACGGGUUCAGCCCCUUGAGCACGUCAUCGACCAGGGCGACGACGGAGACAACUUCUACGUCAUUGAGCGAGGGGUGUAUGACAUAAUGGUAAUGGGAACAACGGUGGGUCAGUAUAACAAUAAGGGCAGCUUCGGGGAGCUGGCCCUUAUGUACAACACGCCACGCGCCGCCACCAUCGCCGCUACCGAGGAGGGCGCGCUGUGGGGACUGGACCGCGCCACGUUUCGUAGACUCAUUGUGAAGAACAAUGCAAAGAAGAGGAGGGUGUACGAGGCUUUCAUCGAGUCCGUGCCCUUACUCAAAUCACUGGAGGCAAACGAGAGGAUGAAGAUUGUGGACGUUUUAGGAUCAAAGCAGUUCCCUGAUGGUGAGCGCAUCAUCACACAGGGAGACAAGGCUGAAUGCUUCUAUAUAGUAGAAUCGGGCGAGGUCAAGAUCAUGAUGAAGAGUAAAACGAAGGCAGACCAUGCAGACAAUGCGGAGGUGGAGAUAACGCGCUGUAGCAGGGGCCAUUACUUUGGGGAGCUGGCCUUGGUCACCAACAAGCCCCGGGCCGCCUCGGCCUACGCAGUGGGCGAUGUCAAGUGUGUGGUAAUAGACAUUCAGGCGUUUGAGCGCCUCCUGGGUUCCUGUAAGGAGAUCAUGAAGAGGAACAUCGCCCACUAUGAGGAGCAGCUGGUGGCCCUGUUCGGCUCCAGCAUGGACCUGAGGGACUGAGCCUCCCACGCCACCCUCGUGCCUUCUAUCUCUCUCUCCUACACACACACACACACACACACACACACACACCAACAUAUGUCCUCUCUCAUAUCAUGCAAUGGCUAUACAGACUCAUAAUAAGCUUUACAUGGAGUGUACAGACAAAUGAGGAAUUGUUCUAGGCUCACUGGCAAGUACACACAAUCCUACACAGUAUGUAUACACACGCACAUAUACACACACACAUGCAUUGACACCUAUGUGUUCACUGAGAGACGCCCACCACUUAGUUUGCUCAUCAUCAUGCACAUUCUAGUUCAACACUCAUUAAUAGGCUCCCUCACACACACACACACAGCAAACUAAAGACCACACACCUCAUUGCUUGACCCAGCUUCAACCGGUAUGAAUGUCUUUGCUGCAUUGACCUUGAUAAAGGUAUCGCUGUGUAAGGAAAUAAAAUACACACACAUGCUUCAUAUCUGCAUUGACAUGAACUUACACACAACUUGAACAAAGUUCUUUCAAAAAGCCUCAGCAAAGGAUACAUCAACACACACAGAUACAUAUACUCAAAAACAUAUAGGCAACCACACUUGCAAAGACGGACAUAUUGUGGUAAAAUGGAGACAAAAAAACUUUUAAAUCUCUGAAAAGGAAAAUUAAUCAAAAUGCAAAAAAAGAGAGAAAAGUUUAAAGAAGACAAAUAAGUUUUAGAAAUGUUUUAUUAAGAUAAAAGAAACGGAAGCUUUGAUAAAAUAUUAUUUAAAUAAAAAGUGUUUCCUCUUUGGGAGGCCGGGUGCAGUACUUUGUGAGCGCGCUCCUUUUCUUCCUCUACUGUUGUUGAUUGAGUUGAGUUAGUGCUGGUGAUUAUUGCAGUACCACAGAAGAAGCAGUGAAAACAAUAAAAACCCUACGUUUUCUGGGCCAUUGUUAUUCUAGCAUUGAUGCCACACUUCAUUGUAUUGAAUUAAUUAUUAAUGUAUUGUUAUUAUAUAUUCAUUUAUUCUUUUUUUGUUUUACUUUGACCAGUUAUGUUAAAUUCAUCAUCCAUCUCUGACAAAAUGUAAAAACAGAAAAAAACAUUCUAAUAAAAUACAUUAGUGCUUAUUUCUCCUUGAUUAUCCUUGAAUGAGUUGUCCUGGAUUAGAAAAAAAUGAAAAAAAUAAAGCAAACAUUUUGUUAA